AGAGAAAGUGUGUGUAUUCUAGAGAGAGAAAAAAGAAUUGUGGAAAUUAGCCGAAAAGCAGGAGAUGAGACAGAGGAAUCACACUCUCCGUGUCGCCGCCAUUCACGACAGCACCGUCACAAUUCGAUUGUUCUUCUUCUGACUCAACCCCAAAAGAUCCACCAAUUGAUGGCCAAAACUGGGGCAUUCGAUAGCGAUCCGACGAUGGUCGCCAAGGCAACAGAGUUGAAGAAGGAGUUGCAGAUACUGGUUAAGGCAAUUGUUGAAGAAGACGAUUUGAAUGUUGAAACAAUCGAUCGAGCCAAUCAAACCCUAUGCGCGUUGAAGGACUUGAAGUUGAACAGACCCGUGUCUUUAAAACUACACGACGCGUUGGCUUGUCCUGAAGAACUUCGAUGCCCUCUUUCCAAAGAGCUCAUGAGAGAUCCUGUAAUUGUGGCCACCGGUCAGACUUAUGAUAGAUCAUUUAUCCAGAAAUGGUUGAUAGCUGGGAACCGGACAUGUCCUCGAACCCAACAAGUCCUCUCACAUACUAACCUUACACCUAAUCACCUGAUUCGAGAAAUGAUAUCUAAAUGGUGCAAAAGUCACGGUAUCCAAUUGGCGGAACUUGUUGAAAAUUCCACUGAGGAUGGAUUAACCGAAGCGGAUAGAAAACAUUUCAUUUGUUUGCUUGAGAAGAUGUCAUUGACACUUCCUGAUCAGAAAGGGGCUGCAAGGGAAUUACGGUUAUUGACAAAAAGGAUGCCCUCAUUCCGUGCACUUUUUGGCGAGUCUCUAGAUGCCAUACCUCAAUUGCUUAACCCUCUCUCUGAAAGCAAAUCUCAACACGACAUACACCCUGAUCUCCAAGAAGAUUUAAUCACGACACUUCUAAAUCUUUCAAUCCAUGAAAGCAACAAGAAGCUCGUUGCUGAAACCCCUAUGGUUAUUCCUCUUCUUAUGAAAGCGCUACAAUCUGGAACGGUUGGAACAAGGAGCAAUGCAGCUGCUGCUCUCUUCACAUUGUCGGCUCUUGAUUCAAAUAAGGCACUUAUUGGAAAAUCUGGGGCUUUAAAACCACUAAUUGACCUCUUAGAAGAAGGGCACCCUCAAGCUAUGAAAGAUGUUGCUUCGGCAAUAUUUAACUUGUGUAUUUUGCACGAGAACAAAUUGAGAGCGGUGAGGGAUGGUGCUGUGAGGGUGAUCGUGAACAAGAUCGUGAAUCGUAUCUACGUUGAUGAGCUAUUGGCCAUUCUUGCUAUGCUUUCAAGCAAUCAAAAGGUUGUUGAGGAUUUGGGAGAGUUUGGUGCUAUUCCUUGCUUGCUUAGUAUAAUGAGGGAGAGCUCUUGUGCUCGCAACAAGGAGAAUUGCAUUGCAAUCCUUCAUACUGUCUGCUUUAAUGACCGAACCAAGUGGAAGGAGAUGAGGGAAGCAGAGAACGCUUAUGGAACAAUCUCUCAGAUUGCCGAAUAUGGAACUUCAAGGGCCAAGAGGAAGGCGAACGGAAUUCUUGAUAGACUGAACAGGGCUGCCAAUCUUACCCACCAUACUGCAUGAUGAAAGUUCUUGUGCAGCAUCUCCAAGCACAAAUUCUGUAAAUUCUACAUUUUCUAGUUUUAUGAUUGUUAAUUCAUCUCCAUCAUCUUGCGAGUCAUUCUCAACCUCCAUUUUGUAAAUUCUCUUCCCUUUCUUUCAACCUACGGUUUACAUGUUGCAGUCACUGUGAAUAGUUACGUGGGAAGUUUAUUUAUAUGAUUUUCUUUGUUUUUAUAAUGUCCAAUAAUUAAUGCAAAUGACUAAUGGCUGUCUUUACUUGUUUGCUAAA